CAAGGAACAUGUCUCAAUAGAUUGGUCAAUUCGGUCCCCGAAAAACAGCUUGACGUUAGAACCAGUGGCAAGGUUCCUGGACAGCUGGGGCUGUUUACCAAUGCCAAAAAUCCCAAGGGAGCAUUCGUUUGUGAAUACGCCGGAGAAAUCCCUCACAGACAGGAAGCAGAAAGACGGAAAACCAUUCAAACGACUCCCCGCAAGGCAGGAAGAACUACUCCUCUGCCUGACGAAAUGUCCACAGAUCAAACCAACCGAACGCAGACGUUUAUCGACCCGCAAACUGUGAUCCCGAACUGGCCCUGUCGGUUUCCGUUUCAUACCAUCGGUGGACCACCGCCUAGAAUUGGACUUUUCGCCCGGCGCGAUAUCUCACCCGGAGAGGAACUAUUCUUUGACUACGGGGGCGGGGAUUCUCCGAACCAAGCCACUGGCGCGGUUACAUGUCUUUGCCAGUCGGCGAAUCUGCCGCGGGGACACUUCCGGCUUUAA